AUGGCGAUGACCAAGUACGAGAACAUCAUCUGGGAGGAGAAGAUGAAGGAAAAGAUCAUGUGUACGCGCCCCAUUCUUACUCGUCCAUACAUCUUGAAGCUGACUCAAUCAGCUCACGCCCGUAUCUUGUACUCUCAACAGUUACCCCCGGACUCCAUCCUCGACGUCGUCAACACUACUUCCAAGCUGCCCGGGUACGCAUUCGUGGCCUACACAUCCCACACUGUUGUCAUAGACGGAUCGAGGGGUUGGAGGAUUCUCUUGUCGAGUUCGGAGUGCAUGUCUCUUGGGGGAAGCCUUGAGGAGACACUACAGACUCUGCAAGAACUUCUGCAACAUCGCUUGCUGCCCCAUGCACAGCCGGUGGACAAGGAGACCGACAACUUGGCUGGGCGUUCUAUCAAGCAGGAACAUGUCGACGGUUCAACGGAUCGAACCGAGGAACAACGCCUAGAGUCAGAAAAUUCGUCGGGAUGGGGUUCUAGUCCUCAAGCCCCGGAAGAAUCAUCCAAGAAGCGGAUGCGAUACUAG